CCUCGGGGGGCCCGGGCAGGCCGUCAGCCACUCAGGAGCUGCCCCAACCAAGGUGGUAAUUAAGAUGGAGGUACUUUGUCCGCAGGCGGGCCAAAGAAAAAAAAAUAUCCCAAUUCCAUCCCGUCCCACCCACUCACCCAGCGCAGUCAGUACAGUGCAGUCAGUCAGUCGCCCAGCCCAGCUCAUCCCGUCAGCAUCAGCCUGUCGAGCCCAGCAGUCGCCCCAGCUCCCCCAGACUCUGCUCGCGCUCUCCGCCCGUCGUCACCAGCACCACCACAAGUCGCCGCCUUGGCUCUGCGACUCCCACCCACCAAUCCCCCCCCCCCCCCUCCGAACUUGGUAUCCUCCACAACCUCCUCUCGCGACCCGGAGCGCACGACGUCGAGACCACACGCCGCCGCCGCCGUUUUCCCCUUGCACGACCUCAGCGCGAGCGCCAUCGCACCGCGCCGCAAGUCCGCUUCCGCUCGCUCUCGACUCCGUAGUAGCUUUUCUUCCCGGACUAGCUAGAUACCCCGAGCACUCCGCGCCGCGCUCCUUGUCUUCGGCGCCCACCACCCCCCCGUCUCCUCCGCGGACCUCAUAUCGUCCACCGCGCUGCCGCGCCCCCGAAGUCACAACAUUCGUGCAUGCGCGCGACGUAGCGGUAGCAACUCUGCCUCGACCACUACGUAUACGCGCGUCAUCACAGCUGCUCCGUCACCCCCCCUCCCCCCCCUCUCCUUCCUUCAGCAUACCUCCAGCCCGCACUUCCAGUCUCUUCAUCAUGGGCAGAACGCGGCGCGGCGUCCGCUUCAGCCACAACGGCCAGAUCGCCGGCUCCGACGGCCGGCGGUCGAGCUUCAGCGGCAGCGAGGAUGGCUCCGGCUCGCCCACGAGGACCCGUUCAAGGGCCCAGGCCCAGCUCGAGCCGGUCCAAGAGAAGCAGCCCACCCCCGAGGAGGAAUACCAAAAGAAAAAGGCAAACUUCAUGACGCGCACGUUUUGGACGUUUAGCAUGCUCGCCAUCUUCUUCGGAGCCCUCUUCAUGGGCCACAUCUACAUCAUUGCCAUUGUCACGGCCGUCCAGAUCGUCUCCUUCAAGGAGGUCAUCGCCAUCGCCAACGUACCCAGCCGCGCCCGCUCCAUUCGCUCCACCAAGAGCCUCAACUGGUACUGGCUGGCCACCACCAUGUACUUUCUGUACGGCGAGAGCGUCAUCUACUACUUCAAGCACAUUGUCCUGGUAGACAAGGUGCUGCUGCCGCUGGCCACGCACCACCGCUUCAUCAGCUUCAUCCUCUACGUCUUUGGCUUCGUCUCAUUCGUCGCCACGCUCAAGGCCGGCCACUACAAGUUCCAGUUCACCAACUUUGCCUGGACGCACAUGGCGCUAUACCUCAUCGUCGUGCAGGCGCACUUCGUCAUGAACAACAUCUUUGAGGGCAUGAUUUGGUUCUUCCUGCCCGCCGCGCUCGUCAUCACCAACGACAUUUUUGCCUACGUGUGCGGCAUCGCGUUUGGCCGCACGCAGCUCAUCAAGCUGUCCCCGAAGAAGACGGUCGAGGGUUUCGUCGGCGCAUGGAUCAUGACGCUGUUGUGGGCCAUGCUGCUGGUCAACCUCAUGAUCCGGUCCAAGUACUUUAUCUGCCCCGUCAACGACUUGGGUGCCACCAUCUUCACGGGCCUCGAAUGCGACCCGAACCCCGUCUUCGUACCUCGCACGUACCAGCUGCCGCACUUCUUCUUCCUGCCGCCCAACACGAACCUGUCGCUCACCUUUGCGCCGAUGCAGAUCCACGCGCUGGUUCUGGCGUCGUUUGCGUCGCUCAUCGCGCCGUUUGGUGGCUUCUUCGCGUCGGGCCUCAAGCGCACGUUCAAGAUCAAGGACUUUGGCGACUCGAUCCCCGGACAUGGGGGCAUGACGGACCGCAUGGACUGCCAGUUCAUCAUGGGCUUCUUCGCCUACAUGUACUACCAUACCUUCAUCGCGGUGCACAAGGUCACGCUCGGGUCGGUGCUGGAGACGGCCAUCACGAGCCUGGGGCCCGACGAGCAGGUCGAGCUCGUCAAGAGCAUGGCGCGCUACCUCGGCAACCAGGGCGUCGUGCCGGAAACAUUCCUCGAUUGCGUCGAAAAGACGAUUGUCAAGCGGUGAUGGGCUGCACCCGGCGCCCGGAAUCCUCUGUAUCCCUAGUCUGUUUUUUUCUCCCUCGGUAUAUUCAACAUUGAAACGAUUUGUCAUGGUCGGACAGUGGUAUACAAAACAAGAAGCCCGGCAUCAUAAUGCCUCGUCGGACCAAGGGAGGCGAGGCGGAUGAACGGGACAGCAUUGUGCAGGCAGGGCGGGCGGGCGGGCGGACGGACGGACGGCGUACUUUGUCCACGGGCAUUUAUUUGCGCAACGAUGAGGGUCAACAAGGGGAAUAAUAAAAAAAGAUCCAGCGCUGCAUGUGCAUGUUCCCGAACCGCAGAAUGUUUAGUUAUCAGGUACCUACUGCGUAUUUUUGUACGACAUCGGGUGCGGCCGGAUCAAGGAAGGGAGGGGGUUGUGAUGAUGAUG